ACCUACAUUAAACAUUUCCACUCCACCCUCUUGUGUGCAGACCCACAGAGAGGAAGGCGUUUAGUUUUCCUUGUAUGCGUUUAGAAUAGCGUACGGUGGACAUUAUUCGAUUAUUUUUUUGGACUGAAGAGUAUAGCCAUUACUGGACAUAUACGGUGUAUUUUCUCUACAACAGACACAUUGCUGUGAUGGGGCGCCAAAUCGGCUGCUUCGUUUUGUUUUUACUGUGGCAAGCUGCAAACGGGGACGUGAAUUAUUCCUUUCAAGAGGAAAUGAAGCGCGGGUCUCUUAUUGGGAAUAUAGCGAAGGAUCUCAACCUGGAUGUAAGCAAAUUGUCUGCGAGAAAUGUGCGUGUUGAUGCCGCAGGGAAUCGCAAGCGCUAUUGUGAUAUCAGUUUCAGUACCGGGGAUUUAAUUGUUGCCGACAGAAUUGAUCGGGAGGAGCUUUGUGGAGAAAAGCUGUCUUGUGUACUAAAACGCGACCUCGUACUCGAGAAUCCUCUGGAACUGCAUCCAUUUAUUCUACACAUUCAAGACAUCAACGAUAAUUCACCACAGUUUAACGAAGAAAGGAUCGACAUAGAGAUUGGAGAGUCGGCAGACAGGGGAGCUCGUUUUGUAAUAGAGGAGGCGCACGAUGCUGAUGUGGGACAGAAUUCAGUUCAACAGUACAGCCUGAAGAAGAAUGAUCAUUUCAUUUUGGCUGCUAAUGGAAACACAGUCGAGCUUGUUCUUGAUAAAGAGCUCGAUCGUGAAAAACAAGGAGAAAUUAAUUUGCUCCUCACAGCUCUAGAUGGUGGUUCUCCUCAGAGAUCAGGUACCGUAGUCAUACACGUCACUGUGCUGGAUGCUAAUGAUAACGCCCCAGUGUUCAGUCAGGCCGUUUAUAAAGCCAGUCUGCCUGAAAACUCUCCUGUAGACACUGUAGUGGUCACUGUGAGCGCGACUGAUGCAGAUGAGGGAGUCAAUGGAGAUGUGACAUAUGACUUUGGACAUGUAACUGAGGAUGUGAAGAAAGUUUUUACAAUCGAUCGUAAAAACGGCAUAAUAAAAGCAAAUGGUGCGGUUGACUUCGAGACUGUUACGUCAUAUGAUUUGCGCAUUAAAGCAAAGGAUGGUUUAGGAUUAUCGUCAUACACACGAGUUACUAUUGAUAUCACCGAUGUCAAUGACAACAUACCUGUAAUCUAUGUAAAGUCUCUAACAAAUGCUGUUCCUGAGAACGUGACACCUGGUACAGAGGUGGGAAUCAUUAAUGUACAGGAUGCAGAUUCGGACAAUAACCAAAAGGUCCGCUGCUCCAUUCGGCAAAAUGUCCCUUUUAAGUUAAUUCCUUCUAUUAAAAACUAUUAUUCUCUGGUGACCACAGGACAACUUGACCGUGAACUAGUGUCUGAUUACAACAUUACAAUCAGUGCCACUGACGAGGGCUCUCCACCUCUGUCCUCCUCUAAAACUGUACAGUUAUCUGUAGCUGACAUCAACGACAACCCACCUGUGUUUGAGGAACAGUCCUACAGCGCAUAUGUGACUGAAAAUAACAAACCUGGCUCCACUUUAUGUUCCGUUACUGCUCGAGAUCCCGACUGGAGACAAAACGGUACAGUGAUUUAUUCUCUGUUACCUGGUGAGGUGAACGGUGCCCCGGUGUCCUCCUAUGUGUCAGUGAACGGAGACACGGGGGUGAUCCACAGUGUGAGGUCGUUUGAUUAUGAACAGUUGAGGAGCUUUAAAGUCCAGGUGUUGGCCAGAGACAACGGUUCUCCUCCACUCAGCAGCAACGUGACCGUCAGUGUCUUCAUAUCUGAUGUGAACGACAACUCUCCUCAGAUACUGUAUCCCGCCCUCGAGGCAAACUCCUUCAUGACUGAGCUGGUCCCCAAAGCUGCACACGGAGGCUCUCUGGUGUCCAAAGUGAUAGCAGUGGACGCGGACUCCGGACAGAACGCCUGGCUGUCCUAUCAUAUAGUUACAUCCACUGACCCUGGACUUUUCACCAUUGGUGUCCACAGUGGAGAGAUCAGGACACAGCGGGACAUUUCUGAAUCUGACAGCAUGAAACAGAACCUUAUUGUGGCGGUGAAAGAUAACGGACAGCCCUCUCUCUCUGCCACCUGCUCCAUGUAUUUAAUUAUUUCUGAUAACUUGGCUGAGGUGACAGAACUGAAGGACAUUUCUUAUGAUGAGAAGAAUUCCAAACUGACCUCUUAUCUGAUCAUCGCCCUCGUGUCUGUGUCCACUUUUUUCCUGACCUUCAUCAUCAUCAUCCUGGGUGUGAGGUUUUGUCGCAGGGGAAAGCCCAGGAUGUUGUUUGACGGAGCAGUCGCCAUCCCCAGCGCUUAUCUCCCUCCUAAUUACGCAGAUGUUGACGGCACAGGAACUUUACGCAGCACUUACAAUUAUGACGCCUACCUGACAACAGGUUCUAGAACGAGUGACUUUAAGUUUGUGACAUCUUACAAUGACAACACAUUGCCUGCUGACCAGACUCUGAGGAAAAGUCCUAGUGACUUUGCUGAGGUGUUUGGAGACUGUGAUACUUCUCCUGAGGUAUGA